AUGAUACAGUCAGACAAAGGAGCAGAUCCACCAGACAAAAAGGACAUGAAGCUUUCUCCAGCAACCAAUCCGGAGAAUGGCCUGUCCCAAAUCCUGAGGCUCGUGCUGCAAGAGCUGAGUCUGUUCUACAGCCGAGACGUGAAUGGAGUGUGUCUUUUAUAUGAUCUCCUUCAUUCCCCGUGGCUGCAGGCUCUGCUAAAGGUCUAUGACUGUCUCCAUGAAUUUAAAGAAAAGAAACUAGUUCCCACCACACUCCAUGCACAGGCAUUAUCCUCUGAGGUAGUAGAGCUGCUACGUGAAACCCCUAAAUCCCCUGAGAUCCGAGAGCUGAGACAAAUCCUCCAAGGUCCACACUUUAAGGCCUUGCUCAGUGCCCAUGACACGGUAGCUCAGAAAGAUUUUGAGCCCCUUCUCCCCCCACUGCCAGACAAUAUCCCUGAGAGUGAGGAAGCAAUGAGGAUUGUUUGCUUGGUGAAAAACCAACAGCCCCUGGGAGCUACCAUCAAGCGCCAUGAGAUGACAGGGGACAUCCUGGUGGCCAGGGUCAUCCAUGGCGGGCUGGCCGAGAGGAGUGGGUUACUAUAUGCUGGAGACAAACUGGUGGAAGUGAAUGGAGUUUCAGUCGAGGGGCUGGAUCCUGAGGAAGUGAUCCAUAUUCUGGCCAUGUCUCGUGGCACAAUCAUGUUUAAGGUGGUUCCAGUUUCUGACCCUCCUGUGAAUAGCCAGAAGAUGGUGUACGUUCGUGCCAUGACUGAGUACUGGCCCCAGGAAGAUCCCACCAUCCCCUGCAUGGAUGCUGGAUUACCUUUCCAAAAGGGAGACAUCCUCCAGAUUGUGGACCAGAGUGAUGCUCUCUGGUGGCAGGCCCGGAAGAUCUCAGACCUUGCUACCUGUGCUGGGCUAAUCCCUUCUAACCACCUUCUGAAGAGGAAACAGAGGGAAUUCUGGUGGUCUCAGCCCUACCAGCCUCACAGCUGCUUCAAAUCAACCAUAUCAAUUUCUAUGGAAGAAGAGGAUGACAUGAAGAUUGAUGAGAAAUGUGUGGAAGCAGAUGAAGAAACAUUUGAGUCUGAGGAACUUUCAGAAGACAAGGAGGAAUUUGUUGGCUAUGGUCAGAAGUUCUUUAUCGCUGGCUUCCGCCGCAGCAUGCGCCUCUGUCGCAGGAAGUCGCACCUCAGCCAGCUUCACGCCAGUGUGUGCUGCACCGGCAGCUGCUAUAGGGCAGUGGGCACCCCUUAUGAGGAGGUGGUGCAGUACCAGCGACAUCCUUCAGACAAGCACCGCCUCAUCGUGCUCGUAGGACCUUCUGGCGUUGGAGUGAAUGAACUGAGAAGACAACUUAUUGAAUUCAAUCCCAACCAUUUUCAAAGUGCUGUGCCACAUACUACUCGUUCCAAAAAGAGUUAUGAAAUAAAUGGGCGUGAGUAUCACUAUGUGUCAAAGGAAACAUUUGAGAGCCUCAUGUAUAGCCACAGGAUGCUGGAGUAUGGUGAGUACAAAGACCACCUGUAUGGCACUAGUGUGGAUGCUGUUCAAGCAGUCCUUGAUGAAGGGAAGAUCUGUGUCAUGGACUUAGAGCCUCAGGGUAUUCAAGUGGCGCGAACCCGUGAACUGAAGCCUUAUGUCAUAUUUAUAAAGCCCUCUAACAUGAGUUGUAUGAAACAAUCUCGGAAAAAUGCCAAGAUCAUUACUGACUACUUUGUGGACAUGAAGUUCAAGGAUGAAGACCUACAAGAGAUGGAAGAUUUAGCCCAAAAAAUGGAGACUCAGUUUGGCCAGUUUUUUGAUCACGUGAUUGUGAAUGGUAACUUGCAAGAUGCAUGUGCCCAGUUGUUGUCUGCCAUACAGAAAGCUCAGGAGGAGCCUCAGUGGGUCCCAGCAACUUGGAUUUCUUCUGAUACUGAGUCUUAA